UUUAUCUGUCAUUGGGAAAUAGGCCAGGGACAUCAACAUCUAUUGCCGCUUUGAUUCCGGCCGGUUGGAGCCCCAUACACCGAUAACCAUCUACGGGAAAAGGACGGGUCUCAUAUAUUUUCGUUUUCUCCUUUGAGGAUGCAGAUGCUCUUCACUAUCAUCAACAUCGUCGGCUAAUCAUUUCUCUCUGAGCAAAGACCCUUCAAUUUUGAUGAACUCUUGAAUGAACUAUCUCAACAUCAUGAAGUUUCUUCUAGCGGUACUGUGCAUCUACACGAUGGCGGUCCAUGGUGUGACGUCACAAUACUUGGGAAAAACUGACGAGCGCGCGGCCAUCCCUCCCCCGGACGACCCGGGUCACAACACCCAUCAGGAGGCGGUCAUCUUCUCCUGCCUAGCCGUCGUCGUCGUCUUCGCCGUACUUUGCACGCUCAUCCUCUGGUUCGUCGUCGAGCGAAAUAAGAGCGAUAUCCGACGCCUCGACCAGCUCAUCCCCGAGAUCGCCGAGAGGAUGAGGAAGGAGACGAUCACCGUGAACGGGACGCUGAUGUCGGGAACGUUGACGGCGUCGCACGAGUUCGAAGCCGAGUUUCUGACAAAUGAGGAGGUGCAACUGACGUCGUAUAGGAGGCAGCAGGAAGGUGAUGCGACAGCCGAAGCUAGCGCACCACCUGCCGAACCUGCAAACGGUGAUGUACCACGAGAUCACGAGGGAGACCACGGGGUUGAUGCUAAUGACGCGGUACGAACCGAUGCGGUAACUGAUGAUAACCAAAACGACGUUGGAAGACACAGUCAGCGGCGCGAGAGAAGCGAACGACACAACGAACAUCGCGUUGAACAUCACAACGAACGUCACAAUGAACGGAAUGACGAUGGCAGUCACGAACGGCGCCCACAUCAUCACAAGUCCUACGAGCGACAUUCGCAUGACCGUCAUUCAACGCCACACGAUUACACCGAAGUCGCUCUGCGUCACAACCGCUCCCGUCCGCCGCCGCCUUCGUACCGCCACACCUACGAUAACACGUACGACAACCCGGUCAUGUCAAUGCAGGACGAGCGGGAUUUUCGACGCGAACGCAGGAACGGCCCGACGCCGACGCCCGCACCUAAACCUGCCAAGCGUUCAACACGUCCAGUAUCUGCUUAUGAGGCCUCCGGAAGUGAAUACCCGGGGAGGCACUUAGGCCAAUCUCUAUCAUAG